AAACAUCAUCACCUCGACGACCCAACACGUUUUUACCUGAAUCAACUCAAACAAAGAAGAAAGCGUCUUCCAAUUCAUUAAUUAUUUUUAAGUGUGUAUAUAUAUAAACAACACGUUAUGGCAGGGAAUUUGAUCGGAGGGGCAGCAAUUGGACAAGCGUUCAGAAUGUUGUCCGAAUCAAUCACACAAGCCGGAAAAACAUCCAUCUGUUUCGAUUCCAAUUUUCGGCGAUUAAAUUCAACUUUGCUUUCAAUGAAACCAGUGCUUGAGGAUAUAGAGAGACUAAACAAAGCAUUGGAAGGAAGAGAAUCAGAGACUGAACUAUUCAACAAGAGGUUAGAGGAAGGUGAGAAGCUUGUUCGUAAAAGCGCAAAAAUCAAACGUUACAAUGUGUGCAAAAGGUGGUAUUAUUCGAAGAAAUUAGCUGAUUUAGAAAAAUCGACAAUGAACUUCUUUGAGGUACAUGGAUUAAUGCAAUCAUGCAGGGAUAGGAAAAAAAUACUUGUUGCACUCAAAGAAGAAGGAGAGAAGUUAGAUGAGAUUUACGCUAUGUUGAAGGAUAUGAAACUUGAAAAAAACCGAAGGAUCACUAAGUGAAGUCUCGAGGAUAUAUUCGUCGUGUGAUAUUGUGACAGAAAAAAAAAAUAUAAUACUAUGCAAAAAGAUGUUUACUUACCUUUUUUAUUUCCAUGUAUUGAACUUUAUAAACGAGCUCAUUUGUAAUUGAUCUUGAAAAAUAAAAUAAUUUUCAGCUAUAA